UCAGGCACAAUUACAUCGCAGAAUUAUCCUGAAAACUAUCCACUGAAUUCAAAAUGUUCUUAUGGGAUCACUGUUCCAGAUGGAAUGAUAAUAAAGUUAACUUUUACUGACUUUGAGGUGGAGAUGGAAGCAAAUUGUAAUUUUGACAGCGUUACUGUACAUGAUAAUGAUGAUAUCUAUGGUACUUUUUGUGGUACUAUAGUACCAUCUUCAAUCUACACAAAACAAAACCGAGUCGGAAUUAUUUUAACUUCAGAUGGAUAUGCUACAAGAAAGGGAUUCUCGUUAGAUUUUCUUGCAGUUGCCGGUAAGGUAGAACGUUAA